AUGAAGCUAAUUUGGUCUCCUGAAACAGCUUCAAAAGCAUAUCUUGACACCCUACAAACAUGUGGAAUUUCAAGAAAAUCCAGCGGUGCAGAAUUUUUAUCAGCCAUGGCUGGAGGGUACAACGCGAAAUUAACGGUUGAAGCAUGGAAAAGUGGCGACUCAAUCACCACUAGCAUCAGCCUAGCCAUCGCGGCAAAACACAGUCAUGGCAGAUACGUGUGUGUGGUGCCAGACGAAUCGUCAAGAUUAGAGUAUGUAGGCGCGAUGCAAAAUUCAGGCACGUCCUUGCCUGAAAUGAUGGUAGGAGAGGCAGAAGAGGUGAUGGAAAGGCUAAAUGGGAUUGAUUUUUUGAUUGUGGAUGAGGGGAGAAAGGACUUCACGAGGGUCUUUAAAAGUGCUAAAUUGGGCCAUCGUGGAGCCAUUUUAGUGAGCAAAAAUGGAAGCAAAAGUAAAAUAGAGAGUAGUACUAGUACGUUCAGCUGGGAUGGGGUUCUUGAUAGGAAAGUUUGUGUUGUGAGAUCAGUGACACUUCCAUUUGGGAAUGGAUUGGAGAUUGCUUAUAUAGCAAGUAAAGAUGGAAAUAAAAAAACUCGAAAAUAUGUCAAGCGUUGGAUUAGACACGUUGAUAGAAACUCAGGAGAAGAGCAUGUUAUUCGACGAUGA